GUUUUGCUGCAGUAUUGUGAUAAAGUGACUCAUUUAACUGUAAAACUCGGACUCCAGGAUAGUACGUUUUCUAGCCUACAGCGUUAACGAGGCAGUUGGUACACUUAUGUUUCCAUAAAUACCGAAUUUCAUUGACGAGCGCAGUGGUGCAGUUGGAAAAUUAUUGCGGGACAGCGUUAAAAGGGCGCACGACAAUGGCGUCGACAGUACCUUUCUUGGUGUUUUUGUCGGUUGUGCUCAGCGAAACCACGCUGGGCAGUCCGGUAGCCAGCCCGCCAUCACCAACAAAGCCGAAGCCGGUGACUUUUAUUGGAGCUGUUACCAAAGACUUUCCGCCUUCUAAAUCAGUGCUGGGAAAGUACUCCAAACAAGCGGUGGCCGCUGAUACCGGCGAAUGCUCGGAAAUGGGAAAUGCCAUCUUAAACCAAGGAGGAAACGCCAUUGAAGCCGCUAUUACGACAUCCUUGUGCGUGGGAGUAUAUGACACGCACAGUUGUGGUCUGGGCGGUGGUCAUUUCAUGGUGAUUUACGACCGACAGGCGCAGAAUGCCACGGCGAUCAACGCUCGCGAAAUGGCGCCCGCUGCGUCGACCAUCUUGAUGUAUGCCGACAGCAGGAACCUUUCAUCUAUCAAAGGAUGGCAUGCGCCAGGAGUUCCCGGUGAACUGGCCGGAUUGUGGGCGGCAUACCAGUAUUCACAGAGUAUCGGUGGAAAGGUGCCUUGGCGAGAUUUAUUUGCUCCGGUUAUAAAGGUCUUACGAGAAGGAAUUCGCAUAAAUGAUCGUCUGGCUGAUGCUCUACGCGAUGCCAAGGAUGACAUUCUUGGUGGGUAUGACAAAGGACUGUCGGCCUUGUUUGUGAAGAAUAAGAAGCUGAUGGUGGAGGGCGACAUGUACACCAACAAAGAACUGGCCAACACGAUGGAGAUCAUCGCCAAUGACCCUCAAGGAACCGCAGAAUUCUAUUCCGGCAAAAUCGCGCAGAAGCUCGCCAAGGAUGUUAAGGAGGGUGGUGGUAUAAUUACCCUGGACGAUCUAAAGAAUUACAAGGUGGUUAUUAAACCGGCGAUUCAUACAACGUUAACCGACAACUCUACACUGUACACCGUGCCGCCUCCGGCGGGUGGUCUCAUUAUGCAGUACAUCGUCAAAGUGAUGGAUGGCUACUACGGCAACCGGACGUUGGACUGGCAUACGGCUAAACAGGUCGAACGGGAUCUGUUCAACCAGCGGUUGGCGGAAACAAUGAAGUUCGCAUAUGGAAGACGCAGUGAAUUGGGUGAUGAAGAUUUCCAACCGGAAGUGCACGAAAUUGAAAAUGUGCUUCUCACUCCAUGGUUUACUGACUUGACACGUCGAAUGAUAAAUGAAAAGAGAACUUCCAACGAUACCAGCACCUAUGGCGUGAAAACCGCAACGAAAAUCGACAAAACAGGAACGUCUCACCUUUGUGUUUUGGAUAAAGACGGCAAUGCGGUGUCCUUGACCACAACCAUCAAUACCCAUUUUGGCUCACGACGCCUGUCCAGAUCGACGGGAAUACUGAUGAAUAACGAGAUGGACGACUUUAGUGUUAAUCCCAACGAACCGAACUUUUAUGGUUUACCGCCAUCUAAAGCUAAUUAUGUGGCUCCUGCUAAACGGCCCCAGUCAAGUAUUUCCGGCACCGUUAUUGUUGACCCCAAUGGCGAUGCCAAAUUGGUUAUCGGUGGCUCCGGUGGAUCUAGAAUUAUCUCGGCAACCGCUACCACAACAAUACGCACACUGUUUUUGAACCUUAACAUCAAGGAGGCUAUUGAUCAUCCUCGUCUGCAUCAUCAACUUCUUCCUAUGCAUUUGGAAUAUGAGCCAGGAACGCGUCUGGCUGAUUUGAUGAGUUUGUUUAAGAAAGGUCAUGCGCUCGAUACCAGUCACAUAAACGAGACCCCCUAUGCCGUUGUCCAAGGCAUACAUCGACUGGCCGAUGGAAGUCUGGAAGCGAACAGUGACCACCGCAAAUCUGGAAAGCCUGCUGGAGCUUGAUUCUUGUUUCGACUUGUGACGGGCUUGUGUCCUAAAGUGUUUAUGAAAUCUGUUGGCGUAAAGGUGAUACAAAUUGUAGUGGUUAUAUCAGCUUUGUUAGAUUGCUGUGCAAAUUACAACCUUCGCCAAUAGUUGACCAUCACUGCAUGCUAUAAUAUGGUAAAGAUUUACAGCAGCUGUGGGCAUUAUCACUUUCACUACGAGUACUUGUCGCACAUUGCUGAAUUGUCACAAUAAAAUGUUCCCGACAUUCA